AUGUCUGCCAAGUCGGACGGGGAAGGCGAGCUGGGCACUGAACUGGGUUUCGAACGCAGUAAAAGUAUACCAAUAGGCAUUCCUGUCUGGCGAGAUUCUCGGCGCUAUAUAAGCCGCUGUCGGCGGCGUCUGAGGCAGAUCACCGGCGACGGCGGCAGCAGUAGCAGUAGCACCAGCAGUAGCACCAUGGCAAGCAAGCUGAUAGUUUUCGUAGCGGCUCUGGCCGUUGCGCGCGCCGGUUACCUGGGCGCUCCUGCCGUUUUGGCACCCGGUGCGCCCCUGGCUGCCCGUGCCUACGCCGCCCCCGCCUACGCCGCAGCCCCCGCCUACGCCGCCGCCCCCGUGGCUAUCGCCGCGGCUCCCGCCAUCCGUGCUGCCCCCGUGGCUAUCGCUGCCGCCCCCGCCAUCCGCGCCGCCCCCGUCGCCGUCGCUGCCCCUGCCGUCGCCGCCGCCCCUGCUGCCGUCGCCGCUGAGUACGACCCCCACCCCCAGUACAGCUUCAGCUACAGUGUGAACGACGCCAUCACCGGAGACUCUAAGUCCCAGCACGAGACCCGUGACGGAGACGUCGUCCAGGGCAGCUACAGCCUGGCAGAGCCCGACGGCUCCAUCCGCACCGUCGACUACGCUGCCGACCCCGUGAACGGCUUCAACGCCGUCGUGCACAAGGAGGCCGGCGCCCACCCCGCCGCACCCGCCCGUGUGGCCGUCGCCGCUGCUCCCGUGGCCGUCGCUGCCCCCGCCCCCGUAGCUGUCGCCGCCCCCGCUCGUGUGGCUGUCGCUGCCGCCCCCGCUCGUGUGGCUGUCGCCGCACCUAUCGCCAGAGCUGCGUACGCCGCCCCUGCCCUGAGCUACGCCGCCCCCGCCAUCGCAGCCGCCCCCAUCGCCAGGGCUGCCUACGCCGCCCCUGCUCUCGCUUACGCCGCGGCCGCUCCCAUCGCUAGGGCUGCCUACGCUGCCCCUGCCCUCACCUACGCCGCGGCCGCCCCCGCCAUCGCUGCUGCCCCUGCCCUGAGCUACGCCGCCGCCCCCGCCAUCGCUGCCGCCCCCAUCGCUAGGGCUGCCUACGCCGCCCCCGCCCUCGCCUACGGCGCUGGUCUCGGCUACGGAUACGCCGCCGCCCCCAUCGCUAGAGCUGCGUACGCUGCCCCCGCCCUCGCCUACGGCAAGGCCCUCAUCCACUAAGUCACUUCCUCCUGCCCUGGCCUACCGAAAGGUCCACCUUGGUUAGACGCAUCUGACAGACACGCCUCUGUGAACAACUGAGCUAUCAAACUUCAUGU